AAACAUGAUGAAACGAUGUCGUUUUCUGUUAUGUUUCUGAGGACAGCAAAUCCUUUCCCUUCCGACGCAAACGAGGCUCCCCUCAUUGAACUCAAAUGCACCUUCACCGUUCUCAACGUUUCAUCCAACCUUUCUCAACUCCGAGAAGACCGUUUUCUUCUUCUUCUUCUCUCAAUUGGAGAACCCAAAUCAAGCAAAGCUGUCUUGUUUCCCAAAUCUCAUCUAUCCUCUUACAGAGGCACAGUUGGGACGUACUUCUCCGAAACCUCAAUCUCUCCCUCAAACUCACACCUCCCCUCUUCUUCCAGAUCCUCCGAAAGACCCAAUCCAACCCCGAAAUCUCUCUAAAUUUCUUCAAUUGGGUAAGAACCCAUCUGGGCUUCGAACCAGAUCUCAAAUCACAAUGUCAUGUCAUCCGAAUUGCGCUCCAAUCGGGUAUUUCCCAACCUGUAAAACCCAUUUUAGAAUCUCUGGUUCAGACCCAUCCUGCUUCAGUAGUUGCAGAGUCUAUGAUUCGAGCAUGCGAAGGUAAAGAUUCUCAAUCAGGUGCUUUGAGCUUGGUUCUUGAAUGUUAUUCCUCUAAGGGUUUCUUUAAGGAGGGUUUAGAGGUGUUUAGGAGAAUGAGGAUUCAGGGGGUCACUCCUUCAUUAAGGGCUUGUAAUGCGCUACUUGAUGCUUUGCAGCGAGAGAAUGAGAUUGCUUUGGCUUGGUGUUUUUAUGGUGCUGUAGUUCGAGUUGGGGUUGCCCCAAAUCAGCUUACUUGGUCAUCGGUAGCUCAAAUUCACUGUAAAAAUGGGAAAUUUGAGAGACUUGUUGGAUUCUUGGAUAUGGGUGUUUAUAAUUCUAUGAUUUAUAAUCUUGUUAUUGAUGGUUAUAGCAAAAAUGGGGAUUUUGGAGCUGCAUUUGAUAGAUUGAAUGAGAUGUGUGAGAGAAAAAUUAAUCCUAGUUUUCGUACCUAUAGCUCAAUACUUGAUGGUGCAUGUAGAUACAAAGAUUCAGAAGCAAUUGAGAGGAUAAUGGGCAUGAUGAAGUGUCAUUUAUCUGAAAAUAAUUUGAUCAUUCAAAAGCUUUCUGAUUUGGGGAAGACUUAUGCAGCAGAAAUGUUUUUCAAGAGGGCUUGUGAUGAGAAGAUUGAACUAAGGGAUGGUACUUACGGAUGUAUGUUAAGGGCAUUAUCUAAGGAAGGAAGAAUAGAUGAGGCGAUUCAGAUAUAUUGGGUGAUUAUGGAAAGGGGAAUUAGGGUAAGUGAUAGUUGUUAUUAUGGAUUUGUAAAUCUUCUCUGUAAGAAAGAGCGGUCUGAGGCAUAUGAACUGUUGAGAGACAUUAUAGGAAAAGGACAUUGCCCCCCUGCAUCUGAAUUGUCUACUUACAUAACAUUACAAUGCAGGAAAAGGAGAUGGAGGGGGGCAGAGGAGCUGUUGAAUUUAAUUCUGGAUACAGGGUCACUACCCAAUUCACUUUGUUGUGGCUCAUUGAUGAAGCACUACUGCUCUACUAGACAGAUUGAUAUAGCUUUUACAUUACAUGAUAAGAUAGAGAAACUAAAGGGCAGUUUGGAUGUAGCAGCAUAUAACAUACUUCUUGAUGGUCUCUGGAAAGAAGGGAAGUCUGAAGAAGCAGUCAGAGUAUUCAAUUACAUGAAAGGAAUUAAUACAGUAAGCAGUGCAAGUUUUGUGUCCAUGAUCAGUGGACUUUGCCGCAUAAAGCAAUUGAGAAGAGCUAUGAAAAUUCAUGAUGAAAUGUUGAAGAUGGGGCUGAAGCCUGAUAAAGCUUCAUAUAAGCGUUUGAUUUCUGGUUUUAAGUAGUAAUAAUAAUACCCUAACCUUUCUAGACUGCAUACAUGUUGGAUCGUGCUGGAAGAAGAAGAUUGUUCUUUCAGCUAGCUUUCAUCUCAUUGCAUACUAAUGUCAUACCUUUGAGAACACUGGUUAUGUUCCUUUUACCCAUGUUAGAGGAAACAGGGAUCUUAUUGUUGUCUCAUAGAAACAAAGUCUAUAUGGUCUAUGGUUUGUUUUUUCGCUAGAUUUUGUGAUGGCUGCUUGCACUUGUCUUGGAUGAGUGAAUAAGAGGGUAUGUUAUAG